ACUUCCAGUACUAACUGGUCCUCACUGGGGAAUGUGAAAUUCGGAGAGCUGCAAGAGUAGCAGCACUCAGAGUGCAGACAGGGGGUGUGAUCGACUCCUGGGGUGGGUGACAGUGUGCCUUUGAAGAUACAAGAGAUGGGCUCUACUCUCUGGGGCUGAGAGGUGGGGGAAUAGGAUAUAAAAAUGUAUUUGUUGUGGGGUGGGGAGGUGGAUAAAGUUUUUCCAGUAUGUUUUUUCUUUGCUGGAAGUAAGUUUUGCAGGACUGUUAAAUACAGCUGUCUGAAGGGCCCUUGGCAACAGAGGCCUGGCCUUUCUGCUUGUAUUACAGCAUCUCAGAGUCUAUCACUGAUUCCUUCCAGGGUGGACAGGGCAUUUUCAUCCUCCAGGGAUGCAGAAGGGAUAUGCAGCUGUCACAACCAUGGCUGUGACAUAGGGAGCUUUUGAUCACAUUUAUUCCCUCCAUAGCCCUGCCCAGCCAACACAGCAAGCUUCAAACAGCAGCAGUGCUCCAGUUUCAAUGCCAAAGCCUUUGGGAAGCGUUACUACCACUGGAUGCCUCUCUAUCCAGAACUGCUCCACCCAGCCAGGCCUCCUUUCUCACCACAUUGCUCCUGUUUUGGAUCCUACAUCAGCAAGCACUGGUGGGCAGACAGGACACAGGCUUCUCUGAGUUGUCUUGGCUAACCAGCAGUCAUCUUGGCAGAAUGACUACACCAGUAUCUCCAGUAAGCCAUGUGACCUCCAGUGCACUACCCAAAGUGGAGAGAGGCAGCUGAUGGUCCAAGCACAGGAUGGUACCUCCUGCAAGGACAGGACCUAUCAAGGGGUCUGCAUCAAUGGGAAAUGUGAGCCAGUUGGGUGCGAUGGGAGCCUGUACUCACCCCGGACGAUGGACAGAUGCAGGGUGUGUGGAGGGGACGGCAGCACUUGCCACCGUGUCUCGGGCAGCUUCCGAAAGGCAGUCUCACAGAUAGGUUAUGUGUUCAUCACCAACAUUCCAGCUGGUGCUACAGAUAUCCUUAUCAUUGAGCGCAGGAAAACAGAAAACAUCCUAGCACUUGCAGAUGAAUCUGGACAUUUCUUCUUCAAUGGUAACUCUGCCAUUGACAACCCUCAGAACUUCAGGGUAGCUGGCACAGUCUUCAAGUACCGGCGGCCCUUGAGCCUGAACUCAGAUGGACUGGAGUAUAUCAUAGCUCACGGACCCACUAACCAGUCUCUGAAUGCCAUGUACUACAACUUCAAUGGGAAAAUGCCACACAUAACUUAUGACUACACUGUACCACGGAUACUGCCUCUCCAAACUGCAGCCCCUGAUAUAGACAGACCUCUCUACUACCACCUACCAGAGACCAGCCAGAACUAUCCCAUUCCAGCUAACUCCAGAGCUGCCCAGGACUUCAACACCACAUGGCUCACUCUGUCGCCAGAUGAUACCAGUGAACAGCUUCCUCUAAGAGAAGGGCAUGAAGAUUUAGGCUUGGGUCACCCACACUUCUUCCAGACCAACUCCACCAGUCAGGCUCAGGACUGGGGCUGGAAGCAAGGUGAAGAGAAGGACUAUGACUUCCAGAUAAGACAAAUAUAUCCCACAAACACAGCAGGAGAGGAUGAGGAAGCAGCAGCAGUUGGUGGAGAAAGAGAGUUGGCUCUUAGGUUUAAUCAGAUUUCCAUCAGCACAACUGUACCCUACAGCAUGAGGAGAUCCGAGCUCCCAGAGAACAGCCACAUAGCAUCCUCCACCCUUCAUCUCUUCAGGCGCCUGUGUCACCGAGACACAUACAACACUGCCUUCUGUAGGGAGUUGCAGCACCUGGCCAGGCUGGCCUCAAGAAACUCCACAGCAGGACUAUGGACCGAGACAGCUGCUCGGUGGCCACAGGGCCUCCACAAAGUGCCGGCCCGUAAGAACUCACUGGAAGACUUGAAGGUGGAUGCAUUUGCUGGGAGUCAGGGGGAAGCAGCCAACUCCAGCAUGAUGGCACCUGUGGAGAGCCCUCUGCUGGGUGCCAGCCCAACCAUGGACAUCAGCCAAGCAGAGCCUUUGCAAGCUCCUGGCACUGAAAGCAAUGAGUUUGAUGUGAGCCCUGUGGGCCAUGAUGACAUAAGCUUGGCUGACAUGUAUCGGUGGAAAGUCUCAGCUUAUGCCCCCUGCAGCUCCACAUGCACUUCAGCAGGUAUCAGUGCCUCUUAUGCGAUGUGUGUCCGGUAUGAUGGAGUGGAAGUGGAUGAAACAUAUUGUGAUGCCCUAACCCGACCAGAACCUACUCAUGAAUUUUGCACAGGGAGAGAUUGCCAGCCUAGGUGGGAGACCAGCCGGUGGAGUGAGUGCUCCAGAACCUGUGGUGAGGGCUAUCAGUACCGCACUGUGCGCUGCUGGAAGAUGUUGGCUCCAGGCUUCGACAGCUCUGUUUAUGAUGACCUCUGUGAGUCAGCUGGGCUGGCCAGGCCCAUGGAGAGGAAAGCCUGCCAGAACAAGGCCUGUGGGCCCCAGUGGGAGCUCUCUGAGUGGUCUGAGUGUUCAGCCCGGUGUGGCACUCAGGGGAUGAUGAAGCGGGAGGUGCGCUGCUCGGUGGAAGCGCCCCUCUGUGAUGAGUCCCAGAAGCCCAGCAGCGAGAAGGCUUGCACAGGCCCACCCUGCGACCGCCACUGGACUGCGUCAGAUUGGGGCCCGUGCUCAGGUUCGUGUGGUGAGGGACGCAUGAGCCGCUUCAUUGCGUGUCGCAACCUAGAGGGCAAGGUCAUCUCCGACUCACAGUGUGACCCAGUCACGAAGCCCCUGGCUGUCCAUCCGUGUGGAGACAAGAACUGCCCUGCACAUUGGGUGGAGCAGGAAUGGGACCAGUGUGAUGCCAGCUGUGGGCGAGGGGUGAAGACCCGGGUUGUCUUGUGUGCAGGCCUGGAGAAUGGAGUGUACAGGGAGUACCCUGAGAAGCACUGUGAAGCUUCUCAGAAACCUGAGGAACAAGCUACCUGUUUCAGGAGGCCUUGUGCAACGUGGUUCACUACCUCAUGGUCUCAGUGUAGCAAGACAUGUGGUGCUGGUGUGCAACUGCGUGAGGUAAAGUGUUACCAAGGGGAAGCACUGGCUCAGGGCUGUGACCCUACUUCCAAACCAGAAGCCAGGCAGACAUGCCAGCUCCAGCCAUGCCCCACAGAGGCACCAGAAGAGGACUGUGAAGAUAAAGCGACAGCCAACUGUGUGCUGGUGCUGAAGGUAAAGCUGUGCUCUCACUGGUACUACAGGAAGGCUUGCUGCUGGUCAUGUCGGCUCAAGUCACCCUGACUGCUGUCAGGUCAUACUUCCCUUCCAUGUUAAGGGGCAAGAGCUCUCUCGAGCCAGACUUUACCACUUGAAGCCACACCACUUGGCUUGGGUGUGGAGCCAGUCCCUGUAGACCAGCCUGCUCACUGAGGAAGAAUUCCUAGGAGUUAGUCAUCGCUGUUCCCUCUCCACCAAGAGGAUUUUACACAAGAUAACCCAUCAGUUCCUCAAAAGCUACUGAGAA